ACUCGCUCUCUCGUAUUCACUGUGCCUGCAUAGUUUACAAGAGAUUUUGUGUGCGUCGGUUAUGUCCGUCUGUGGUGCGUCGUUUUCCGCGAUUGCAAGCUAUAGGUCCAUCCUUUCUGAAGUAAAAUGUCGCGCUUCAGUAGAUCUAUCGAUUGCAAGGUGUAUGUUGGUAACCUCGGGCUGGGUGCCAGUCGUCAUGAAUUAGAAGAUGCCUUCAGUGCCUAUGGUGAACUGACCAAUGUCUGGGUCGCCAGGAAUCCUCCAGGCUUUGCCUUUGUGGAGUUUGCGAACCGCCGUGAUGCUCAUGACGCUGUGGAUGGCAUGGACAACCGUCAUAUCUGUGGUCGAAGAAUCGCUGUAGAGAUGUCGUCGGGGGAGACACGCCGCGGUCGUGGGGGCGGGGGUGGGGGCGGGGGUUGUCGCUUCCCACCCGAUGAGAAAUGCUACGAGUGUGGAGAAAGGGGUCACUUCGCACGGGACUGCUACCACAAUCGACGUCGACAGCGCAGGUCUCGAUCUAGAAGUCGUUCUCGAUCUCGUUCCUUCUCCCCUCGCCGACGUUCAUUCUCGCCUCGUCGACGUAAGAGCCGUAGCUGCAGUCGCAGCCGAAAUCGCAUCCAUCGUAGCCGCUCUAGAAGCAGAAGCCGAUCAGUCUCCUACCACAACAGCCCACCUCGUCGCAGCCACUCUGGCGACAGAGACUAACGUUUACAACCAGGCCGAGACUAUAAUUAUGUGGUUCGUGUUGCACGCCAAAAGUUUGCCAAAAUGGUCUCCUUGUUCCCUUUUGUAAAUUUGGUCAAAUGUAGAACUCAAGAAGUUGGUAGAAUUGUAACUGUUCAUGGUAGAAAUCCAUGUUAUUUGCAUACACACAAUGUAGGGUAGUUGAGGUGUACAGCAGUGCCGAGAAAUUCACCUGCAGUUUUAUUCAGGCCUGCUUAAAUCUGAAAAGAUGUUUCAAUGAGCAAGUUCAAGUGUGUGUUGAUGGUUAACUAAGGUUGACUACUGUGACUCGAACCCAGGCUGAUCGGCCAUUGGUAGACUACUGUGGUAGACCAUUUGAAACCAGCAUCAGGCCCAUGGUUUCUUCUGUGGUCCCACGCUAUUAUGUGUAAAGUGUAGAAGGGAACCAGUGACACUUCAGCGAAAAAUGUUUCUGAUGGUGGACCAGGCUUUCAAACGAGCCUUUUAGUGUGAGUGCGUCAUUGCGCAUGUGCGUUGCUGGUCAGUGGUCAAUGCAGGCGACUAAAUGUGGGCACUUGAACUUGCUCAUUGCCGAUACAUGUAUUGUUUAUCUCCUUGUAUUAAUCAUUUGUGUGUAUCACUGUCUACAGUUAGAACUUAUCCCUUUUAAUGUGUUUUUAAUGAGAUGCUUGUCAAUGAGAAUAAGCUUUUUAUAUAAAGCGAAACACCAUGUACUUGAUUUGCUUAAUGAUACUGUAACUGCUUUGAAAGCCAUUUUUAUUGUGACUAUCUUUAAUGUGAGUUGCUAUAAACCAGAUUUAGGUGCACUUAGCCCUGGAAGGCCUUUCACUGGUUAUUUGUAAUAUAACUCAUUCAGGGAUAUGAGGAAAUGAGGAGGGUCCAUCAAGAGAUAUAUCCAGAUUGAUUUUCAGAGAACCACUUUUAAAAUCUCACACCCGUUUUAGAUAGGCCCUCCAAAGUCAUGCCGAACCAAAUUCUGAAUUUAGUACAUUUAAAAAGUUUGACGUCUGAAACAGUUAGGAGCGACUGGCACACUGA